UCGCGGGAUUUGCGGGGAAACCGAGGCAGCCCUCCCGCUCUGCACCCUCUCGCCCUAGUCGCCACCCCACCCCUCAGCUACCGUGUGGAGGUGGCUGGGGGAAGCCUGGGUGUGAGGCUACGUAGGCCGCAGGGGAGGAGUCCCACGUGACAGAGAGGCGGGGUGUCAGCUCCGCGACUGUGACUUCUCAGGGGCGGGGCCGCUGCAGAGCAUCUCCCAGCCGGAGCCCCCCUUUGUUCCUCUUGCUGCCUCCUGGAUCCGCCGGCGUCCGGAUCCAUCCCUCGCUCCCCUCUCGCUCCUCCCGCUCACCCCUUGCAUCCGGGCCCGCACCCCUUCACCCAAAAGCUCGGUCCCAGUUCCUGCCCUUUUCCCUCCCCCAGACUUCUGGCCAGCGCCUUUGCCUGGUAGGUAGCCUUCUGUCCAUCCCUCCCUCCUGCACCUUCUUUUCCCUGGAUCCGUCUCCUGUCCCCCUUAUCCCCAAGUCCCGAGUCGCUCCGCCCUUUCGGACCGGGGAUGUCCCCCGCAGCCCCGCGCCCAUGGUCCUGACGCUGCUCCUCUCUGCCUACAAGCUGUGCCGCUUCUUCACCAUGUCGGGCACACGGCCAGGCGGCGAUCGGCUAGCGGUGCCGGGGCCCAACGGGGGCGGCGGCGCGGGCCCAUGGUGGACCGCGGGCGGCCGCGGGCCCCGCGAGGUGUCGCCCGGGGCGGGCACUGAGGUGCAGGGUGCCCUGGAGCGCGCGCUGCCCGAGCUGCAGCAGGCGCUGUCGGCGCUGAAGCAGGCGGGGGGCGCGCGGGCCGUGGGCGCCGGCCUGGCGGAGGUCUUCCAGCUGGUGGAGGAGGCCUGGCUGCUUCCGGCCGUGGGCCGUGAGGUAGCCCAGGGUCUGUGCGACGCCAUCCGCCUGGACGGCGGCCUCGACCUGCUGCUGCGACUGCUGCAGGCGCCGGAGCUGGAGACGCGCGUGCAGGCCGCCCGCCUGCUGGAGCAGAUCCUGGUGGCUGAGAACCGGGACCGCGUGGCGCGCAUCGGGUUGGGCGUGAUCCUGAACUUGGCAAAAGAGCGGGAGCCGGUGGAGCUGGCGCGGAGCGUGGCCGGCAUCUUGGAGCACAUGUUCAAGCACUCGGAGGAGACGUGCCAGCGGCUGGUGGCGGCUGGUGGCCUGGACGCUGUGCUGUACUGGUGCCGCCGCACGGACCCGGCGCUGCUCCGCCACUGCGCGCUGGCGCUGGGCAACUGCGCGCUGCACGGGGGCCAGGCGGCGCAGCGGCGCAUGGUGGAGAAGCGCGCGGCCGAGUGGCUCUUCCCGCUCGCCUUCUCCAAAGAGGACGAGCUGCUGCGGCUGCACGCCUGCCUCGCGGUGGCCGUGCUGGCCACCAACAAGGAGGUGGAGCGCGAGGUGGAGCGCUCUGGCACGCUGGCGCUCGUGGAGCCGCUUGUGGCGUCGCUGGACCCCGGCCGCUUCGCCCGCUGUCUUGUGGAUGCCAGCGAUACAAGCCAGGGUCGCGGGCCCGAUGAUCUGCAGCGCCUCGUGCCGCUACUGGACUCGUCGCGCUUGGAAGCGCAGUGCAUUGGAGCUUUCUAUCUCUGUGCCGAGGCUGCCAUCAAGAGCUUGCAGGGCAAGACCAAGGUAUUCAGCGACAUCGGAGCCAUCCAGAGCCUGAAACGCCUGGUUUCCUACUCCACCAAUGGCACCACGUCGGCGCUGGCCAAGCGCGCGUUGCGCCUGCUGGGCGAGGAGGUGCCGCGGCCCAUCCUGCCCUGCGUGGCCAGCUGGAAGGAGGCCGAGGUCCAGACGUGGCUGCAGCAGAUCGGCUUCUCCCACUACUGCGAAAACUUCCGGGAGCAACAGGUAGAUGGCGACCUGCUUCUGCGGCUCACGGACGAGGAGCUCCAGACCGACCUGGGCAUGAAAUCCGGCAUCACCCGCAAAAGAUUCUUCAGGGAGCUCACGGAGCUCAAGACUUUCGCCAACUACGCUACGUGCGACCGCAGCAACCUGGCUGACUGGCUGGGCAGCCUGGACCCGCGCUUCCGCCAGUACACUUACGGCCUGGUCAGCUGCGGCCUUGACCGCUCCCUGCUGCACCGCGUGUCGGAGCAGCAGCUCCUGGAGGACUGCGGCAUCCGCCUGGGCGUGCACCGCGCCCGCAUCCUCACCGCCGCCAGAGGUGGCCCGGGCCAGGCUGCGCUGAGAAGGCUGAGUAGACAGCAGGUGACACCCCAUGGGGAGUCAGGGGGGACUCUUACUGAGCGGUUGUCUGUCUGCCUCAGAAAUGCUACACUCCCCGCUGCCCUGCACUGGCGGCAAGCCCAGUGGGGACAUCCCAGAUGUCUUCAUCAGCUACCGCCGGAGCUCAGGCUCCCAGCUGGCCAGGUGCACCUGCAGCUGCACGGCUUCAGUGUCUUCAUUGAUGUGGAGAAGCUGGAAGCAGGCAAGUUCGAGGACAAGCUCAUCCAGAGUGUCAUGGGUGCCCGCAACUUCGUGCUCGUGCUGUCGGCCGGGGCCCUGGACAAGUGUAUGCAGGACUAUGACUGCAAGGACUGGGUGCAUAAGGAGAUUGUGACUGCUUUGAGCUGUGGCAAGAACAUUGUGCCGGUCAUCGAUGGCUUCGAGUGGCCAGAGCCCCAGGACCUGCCCGAGGACAUGCAGGCCGUGCUCACCUUCAAUGGCAUCAAGUGGUCCCACGAAUACCAGGAGGCCACGAUUGAGAAGAUAAUCCGAUUCCUGCAGGGCCGCUCCUCCCGGGACUCAUCGGCAGGCUCUGACACCAGUUUGGAGGGGGCCACACCCAUGGGCCCAACUUAACCAACUCUUAGAUCCUAGGCCCUGCUGUGACCCCCAUUCCCAUAAUCCCGCUCGAAGAAACUGCUCCUCGACCUGGCCUCUCUCAGCUGCAGCCACCUGGGCCCUUCUCUGGAAAUUAAUGUCGCUCUGCCCCCAUCCUCACGGUCCACCUCAAGCCCAGCCUCCUCCGUGUCUGCAAAGGGAAUGGGAGCCAGGCAUUGGGGGUGCUCAGGGCCAGACACCUUCCCCCGCCCCAUCCCCAGGUCCUGCUACCAGGUUCUCUAUCUCAGGUGUAGGAGAAACCCUGGACAAUUGAGGGUUUGCCACACAGGACACCCCCUCCUCCCCAGACAGCAGCCAGCUUGAGUAGGGGGAAGGCUGGCAGCCUCCCUCUGACGAGUUCGGGGCAACGCUUUCCCCUCUGAGCUAAGCCGGGGGGGGGCCCAGCAGCCAGCUGGAGAUCAGGCUCCAGUGAUGGCUCUCCACCCAGAUUGUGCCUGGCUUCUGGCCUCACCGCAUCCUGCCACCCCGUGGCCUUGACCUGUAAUCACUGUGUCCUUAGCUGGCCUGGUCUCCAGUCCCCUCCCAGCCUUCCUGAGGUGCAGUCCUCUUAGCCACACGGGAGGUCAGGGUCGGCCAAGCCAUCCCUCACUCUGGCUGGCAGCUGUUCACCAGGCCAGGGCCACCAAGGCCGUCUCGACAGGCAGCUAGCCACCCUCCCCGUGCCUUGUUGCUGGGCCUUGUUGCCAGCUCCCAGCCUGGCUCUGCUGGCUUGCCCAGCCCCUCCCCACCCUUUCGCUCAGAGGGCAGCCGGGGGAAACAGCCCCCUGUGAUGGCAGUGCUGGGCUGGACAGAGCCCGCAGCAACACGGGAAGAGGCAGGAUCCUGAAGAAGGGUGAGGGGUGUGUUGGAACCACCCGGAAAUUUUGCAACAAGGACGUUCAGGAGACCUGGUCAGAGUUUGGGUUUCUGCUUUUCUCACAAAUUCCCAGGUGGGUGGGUACAGACGGUCAAGGAAUGAGACACCUGAUCUAGCGAGCCUCUGAAACACAAAUCCCUCCCCAAACCUUUGCCAUUCCGCCUCCCACCCCCACCCCUGCCCCUCUUCAUGCCACUCCACGGAUCUUGUAGCCCCACUCGGUAUUAUGUCCCUUGCAUGGAGAAGGGACUGAAUGACUGAAUGACGGGCCACUUCCCAAAUCAGCAGCGGCCACCCCAGGAUCCGGACCUGGCCUUCUGGUGCUCAGUCCAAGCCAUGUCUAGAGAACCAUCCUAGAAGCUGUGCUCAGGGCAGGACUGUUGCUAUCCCCAUGGCUGGCUUCUCGGCCCCAAAGGUCCGGCAGAGAGGGACAGGUUUUCACCAAAAAAGGCUGGUCCAAGAGCUAUACAGAAAUAAACAAGCAGGAACAUCCCUAUGCCCCUUUCUCCACUUGGGUAGGAGAGCAAGAAAGUAUCUCCCUGCUCCCAUAAACCCGGGCUUCGGCUAAAAGGGUCAGCUGGAACCCGCCCUGCCUCUCCCCUCCUGGGGGCAGUGGGCAGUGGCCUGACACCUCAGGCUGGCUCAGCUUCCAGAGUCACCUCACGCGGGGACCAGCCAGGUCACUCCUAGCUCCUGAGCCUCACGGUCAGAAAGUCAGAGGUCUCACGCUGGGCUUGGGACACCUUCCUUCUACUCCCCCUCCUGCCAAAGAUUCGCUCUCUAGCCAGUCCCGGCCCCAGCUCUGGCCUUCACUGCUCUUGACCCUGUCUCCUUCAGGCCACAGGAGCGGCCACCAGUGCCAGGCCCUGGAUGCAGAGUGGACAUUGCCCUUGCAGAGCAGCGUCAGUAAUAAUACCCGGGCAUGAAUGCUCUCCCAGGGAAGCUUUCUUUUUGUCAUCAUCAGUCCCCCUCCCUCCUGAGGUGCUCUGCGGGUGGUAUUCAGGGAGGCUGCCAGGCCAUUUCUUCUGUUCCUGCACCCUCAACUGCUGCCCCUUCAUGACUGGGGAAUCCGAGCUCAGCCUCCAAACCUGAGUGAUGACCCCCACCCCCAGCCAGGCUUGGCCCCACAGGGUUAGUCCUGAACGGGGGCUGAGAAACAGCCUUUCCCCCAGAGCCUGCUCUGACAUGGGCCUGCAGGGUCAGGGUUUUCCGUCUGCAAGUCCAGGCUGAGUGAGCAAGGCCCCUACCUACCUCACCCUAGCCGUCCCCAGGGACUGAGGACUGCUCAGGGACACCCAGAGGUCAAAAGUUCAGCUCCAACUCCUUCAUUCUUCUCCCCUGCCCAACAAGAGAGGCAUUUCAUUCUAGAAUGUAUGAGGUGGGAAAGGUCUCAGCAUGUCAUCUAAUCCAGUGUUUCCUAACUUGACCACCUGUGAUCAGAUAGCUCAGAGCACUGCUGACCCAGCCCUUCGGAGGAGGGCUUUGCUCAAGGUCACAAGCAAGCCCAAGGCAGUGCCCAGAGCAGAGGCCAGGCCUAAGGCCAGACCAAAACCUUUUCCCAACCCUUCUCACUGCCUUAGGCUGGGACAGUGAAAAACCGUAUUCCCCGCCUUGCUUUGGUCGGUAAAUUGGGAACGUGGCAACAGGCCCGAGCUGCAGAAGCCACAGCUGACCCUGGUGGGGUCACAAUUCACACCUGUGUGAUUUCUAAAGCAGGGAAAGGAGCCAAGCCCUGUGGCCAAUGCAGGCAAGUGCCACCUGAUCUGGGUCUAUGGAGGGGCUGGCAGCCCUCAACAAAGGUGGUGCCUUACUACUUCUGGGCCGGGCUUCCCUAACAGCCUGGAAAAGGGCCCCUUGUUCUCUGAGAAAGUGCAGCCCCGAUCAUAUCGGGGAGUCAGGCCCCUCUCCGGGUUCCUGUUGAGCUACAGAAGUAGGAGGACAGUCUCAACACACGGUCCCACUGAAAAGCGUGCCAACAGGAGCGUUGGAGGGCAUAGUAUCAAAACCCGAUGCCUUCAGGGGUGGAUCUCUGGUGGACCCUCGGGAAUGGGCUCUGUCCCCAAUCUCUCCACUGGCCUAAGGCCAGCCGGGCAACCCUCCAGUCUCUCCAGCAGCUCAAGAGAAGAGAAUGAGCAGUGAGAUGCGGUGUGGGCCAGCCCACGGCAACUCAGGGGGCCCCUGCCCAGCCCAGAAGCUUGCUGCUGUCUGACUGCUGGUGGGCAGACCGGGAGUGGGAAAGCAGACAGCCCCAGAGCCCAAGGCCUUCCGGGCCCAGAAGGUUCACUUCAGUGUGAUUCUUUGGAUUUAUUGUGAUUGGCAUUGCUAAGUUCAGAGGGUCGAUCCCAGCCCCAAAUGGCAGCACCCUCCCCCAGAGGGCACCCAGCCCUGCCACAGCCUUCCCCUCAGAACCACAUCCGUCACUGAGGGACUACUGGUGGCUGCGCCCCAGAAAUGGCCCGGUGAGCUGUGCGAUCUGGGCUGAAGCAGAGAUGCCAGAGAUGCCAGCCCUUGCGCUUCAGCUGCUCCCUGAGGUGUCCCUCCGUCGGGACCUCCACUCUCCUGGAGGGUUCCGUGUGACUGCUGGUAGGAAGGGGGCACCCACCCCCGUUAAAAAUGGCUCCCCCACUGCCUCCUGGAGUAGGACCGUCUGGGUUCCAAGCCUAGGUUGAAGUCCUGGGCUGGCACAGCCGUCUAGCUGGACCACCCUGUCCGAGGCAGAUGCGCGCCCUCUGAGGGGCGGUGCCCGUGUCGCGCGGGCCGGGAUCCAGAUGCAUACUUGGGGUUGCUUUGUGUUCGCUUCGCUCCCUUUGCCCUCUGUCUCCGGUGCAGGCGGAUCAGGGGCUCUGAGGAAACUGCUGGAAUUCAGGGUGAGGAUUAGCCUUUUCCAGCACCCUGUGAGAGAGACCAGAUAAAGGGUUCAGAUUUGACAUGGGGAGACAUCCUCAGCUCUUAGAGAUGGGACACAGGCUUUCUCGCGUGGACUGGGACAGGUAUUCCCUCCCAAAGCCGAGAGGUGGAAGACAAGGAAAUGUCCAGAGACAGGGCUCUGGAAAGCAACUCUUAAGGCUACAGGGGGAAGAACCCAGAAGGUCAGGCUAGCCUGGGGGCUAGCUAUAUUAGCUGAGAAAGCUCUCCAGGCUUCUUGUUAGCACAUUCCCGCCACCUUACUUCCAUCUGCAAAAUGGGAGUGGAGGAGGGGAGCUGAGGGAGAGAACACAGCCUUGCCAGCAAGCAAUGGGAGCCUGUCCCUUCCCCUACUGCCUCUCCACCCCUCAGCCUUGCCCUUGGGGAACGGCCCCUGGAAGAUUAGGCAGCUGUCCUCACAGGGAGAGUCAAGGGGUUCCAUGAAUGAGUUCUGGUUGGGAGGAGAAGAAAGUGGAAUUCUUUGGGAUAAAGGGCAUUAUUAUGAUCAAGAGUCAGAGCCCUGCAUUACCCAAUCAAAAUGGCCGGGAUGAAGAGGAGGGCGGCUCCCAGGAGGAAGGGGAACCCCUUCAUGAAGUUCAAGGUGGCUGGGUAGAGCGAGUUGAAGAUGCCAGAAGCCAUCAGCAUGGCCAAGCCAUUGACACAGGCCACAGCAGAAAAGAGAGCACCUGCGAAGAAAUAAACAUCAUACUUUUACUUUGAGAUGGAAGACAUAGGUUCAAAUCCCAGCAUCACUAGCUCACUGCUGUGUGCCUGGGGCAAGUCACUUAGCGUUUCUGAGUCUCCCCUUCCUCAAUAAUAAAUCCUACAUCAUGUGUUGUGAUAAGGGUUCAAUGAGGUCGUGCAUGGAGAGCGGUUGGCACACGGGCUACCAAAUAAAUGACUGUUGUUAAAUCCA